CUAGUGUGGAAGCAUUGCUUCACUAAAUAAGCAAUUCAUCAAUUUGAGCACUCAUGCAUCGCUCAUCUCUUUCAUAUUUCCUUCAGUUUAUUCUUCAUAUUCAUGUAGUAUACUACGUCUUAGCUUUAUGCCUUCCCCCACAUGCCAAUGCCACCGAACAGCAACCCCUGGGCUCAUUUGGAGUCACACCACCCAAGAGGGUCGCCGUGAUCGGAGCGGGGGCUGCGGGGUCUAGCACUGCUUAUUCACUACGCAAGUAUGCGGAUGCCUUGCACAUUCCCCUCAAUAUAACGGUCUUCGAACGCUCUCCCUAUGUUGGCGGCCGUUCCACAACAGUGAAUGUCCAUGACAACCCAACUACACCCGUAGAGCUAGGUGCUUCGAUCUUCGUGGAGGCUAACCAUCACCUUGUCAACGCAUCCAAAGAGCUGGGGCUUCACGUUAACAGCGCCAAUCAUGAGCGACCCAGAGAGACUGAAGACACCCUUGGCGUCUGGGACGGGGAGCAAUUCGUCUUUGUGAUGAAGGAAGCAUCUUCCUGGUGGAACAUUGCGAAGCUGGUUUGGAGGUACGGAUGGACUCCCGUGAGGACCUAUCGCUUAAUGAAGUCGACCGUCAACAACUUCCUCAAACUCUACGACGAGCCCAUAUUCCCCUUUUCAUCCCUUACAGCCGCUUCAGAAGCAGUAGGGCUGAUCAAUAUAACUGCCGUUCCUGGAGAGGCCUUCCUCCAGCAGAACCAGGUAUCCGCCAAGUUCUCCCGUGAAGUCAUCCAAGCUAGCACUCGUGUCAACUAUGGACAGAACCUCGCUUUGAUCCAUGGCCUCGAGACAAUGGUCUGCAUGGCAACUGAAGGUGCCAUGGCCGUGGAGGGAGGCAACUGGCUGAUCUUCGACGGAAUGCUUAAAUUGUCCCACGCCGACGUCCGCUUAAACCACACAGUGACAGCCCUCCAUUGGGAUGCCAACGGGCCCUCAACCCUAACUUUCAAUACAAACACCAACUCCGAAGAGAAGCUCGAGUUCGAUGAGGUCGUUAUCGCCGGUCCAUGGCAAUUCUCCAACAUAACCGUUAGCCCACCUCUAAAGAAAACGCCGGACGAGAUCCCCUUCGUAACACUCUACGUCACCCUCUUCGCCUCCCCGCACCGUCUCUCGCCUAAAUACUUUGGCCUCACAGAACCCAAUGCCUACACCCCGGAGACAAUCCUCACCACCCUCCCUCCGGACAGCGACAUCGGAAAGAGCGAAGCCGGAGUCGGCCCAGCUGGCUUCUGGAGCAUCAGCACUCUCCGGACCGUGGACGCUCCAGACCCAUCAGAAGGGAAACACUACGUGUACAAGAUAUUCUCCCCGGAACGGCCAACAGCCGAAUUCAUUGAAUCGAUUCUCGGCCUGGAGCACAAGUCAUCUUCUAACACCGACACUGAAACUGACACUUCCAUCGGUGAUCUCUCCAAGCGAGACAUCAGCUGGUUCCAUGAGAAGAUCUGGCGGCCGUAUCCGUUCGAAUAUCCACGGGUCACGUUUGAAGAGCCGCUUCUUGCCCCUCAUAUCUGGUAUACGGGCGGAAUUGAAAGCUUCAUCUCUACGAUGGAGACGAGUGCAUUGAUGGGGAGGAAUGUGGCUGCUUUGAUGUUUCGAGAGUGGCAGGCCCAGUUUGAAGACAGGGAGGGAGAGUCGGCAGCGGAUUCGGUUCGUCAUGAACUAUAAAGUGAAUGAAUGGUAAGGAAUGGGAAUGGGAAUGGG